ACAUUGCAACUUAUAACGUAGAGGAAAAACUUAUAUCAUUAUAAUUUUGUACAAAGUAGCUUACAGGAAAAAUAAUACUUUUAAUACUCUAUGUCAAACUUUAAAAACACACCUAUUAACUAUGAUCCUGAAUAUAUGGACGAGGAGAAGUUGCCUUUAGUCACCAUGCUAAGAGAGCAAUUAAAAGGCUACCAGGAAGUGAAGAACUAUACCGACUUGCAACUCUACAAAUUUCUUAAAGCCAGAGAUUUUAAACUAGAUGUUGCUGCUAAACUUUUUCUUGAUAUGCUAGAUUUUAGAAAAAGUGAGAGUAUUGAUAACUUGGUCGAAAAUUAUGAACCUCCUUAUGUCUUAAAGAAAUAUUCCACUGCUGCUUAUCACGGCGUUUCAAAAAGUGGACAUUUAGUUUGGUAUGAUAGAAUCACUUUACUUGACUUAAAAGGAUUGCUCAAGUCUGUUCGUCCUUCUGAUUUUCGUAAAUAUUACCUUCGCGAAACAGAAAUUAUGAGACUGAUCAUGGCCCGGCGUGUGGAGAAAACAGGGAAGCCCUGCCACCAAAAUAUUAUUGUUUAUGAUUUUUAUGGUCUCUCUUGGUCUCUUAUAAAUAAAGAAGCGGUGCAAAGGUUUGCAUCCUCCAUCAGCGACGUCGAAUCUAAUUAUCCUGAAUCGAUGUACCAAACUUUUAUAAUUCGGGCGCCGACCUUCUUUCCGAUGGUUUAUAACCUGGUUAAGGGUUUACUUCCUCAAGAAACUCAGAAAAAAAUAACUGUUUGCGGUAAAAAUUAUUAUAAUACUCUUCGGGAAUUUAUCGAGGAAGACCAAAUACCUGAUUUCCUGGGAGGCUCCUGCAAGCUUUGCGCAAAAAAUAACGGGAAAGGCUGCGGGAUUCGCCGAGUGGAUGCGGAUAUUUUUGGGCUCUACGAAGGAAUAAGGGCUGGAGGGCCGAUCCCUGAAAAGUAUUAUUUAAACAGCAGACUGAAUGAUUGGAAUCAGUACGAAAUAAAGUCUGGGAAAGAGGAAUAUAUCACCGUGCCUGAUGUAAAGCAAGAAACUAUUAUUGAGUACGAAUACUCGUCAAAAGACUUCCUUCUGGAAUUCAGCAUUUUAUUCAACGCUUCCCACGAAGUCAUUACAAAGGAAAACUUUAAUAGCAUGGAAGUGGUAGUUUCUAAGCAGAAAAAUGAAACUGUUCACGUACCGCACAAAGGAAGCUACACGUGCGCAAAAGAGGGAACGUACGUGCUUCUCUUUGCAAAUUCGCAGCAUUACUCCGCGGCGAAACUAUAUCUUCACUAUCAACUCGUUUCUGCUAAGUAUAAAGCAACAGAAAUUGUUGUUGGUAGAGAGGAUCCUUCUGCGACGGCCUCUUUUGUUUAUGAGAGCGAUGAACCUUCAUUAGCAGACACCACACCGACGUCAAGUUUGCUGGGCCUGCAGCCAGAUAAUGUCUCCGCACUUUCCAUGAGCGUCAAUGAGGCUGUAAUAAAGGAAGGACCCCUUUAUGCGUUAGUUGAGCCCUCUUCGUUUUCAACAACUUUUGCUAAAUCGAAAGAUAAAAGAAAAGAAGCGCAUACGGAAGGGCAGUGGGUUUUGCGCUACCACAUGUUAACUACUUUAGGCAGGCUGCUCACCUAUCUCCCGGAGGACCACGAAAAGUGCACCGGUUGCCAUCAUCUGGAUGGGCUAUCCGUCCGCAAAAUAAAGAAAAAUUCUGUGCGAUGCCCACCUGUUUCUGAAGAACAGGGUGAAAGUCACUACUUUUUUAUCGAGCUGAAGGACACAAUCACCGGCUCCAAUUUGUUGCUCUGCUGUGCAGGCAAAGAAGUGGGCAAAGAGUGGCUAAACGUCAUGAAAUCAAUAGGCAGACGCCCAAAACAUAAGUUUUUUUCUUCCUUUAAGCUAAAAAGAAGCCAAAGUCAGGAAAGCAUAAAAAGGUUGGAUAUCCACUCCAGCUACGUUGCUCAGCCGCCUCACGCAGAUACCCACUCGAAGGUCUCCGGACCCCACGAGGAGGCGCCUAAGUGGGAAACUGAGGAGCCCGCUCCUCCACUAGGCGUCUCGCCGCCGCCAUCUGUCGUGACGAGGCUAUGUGCGCCACUAAACACGUGGGCAAGGAGGCUACAUUUGGAGGAUGGAAAGGAACUUGUGAUCCUGGCUUUGCUGGGGGCGAUAAUGACUUACCUUAUUGGCUCAGUUUUAACGUGAAUAAA